GUUAUGUGUGCCAUGGACCUAGCCCAGCGGUAUUGACAAUAGUGAGAAAAAGGGCAGAUUUUUCCUAAUAAAUUAUAUUUUCUGGAUAAAAACACCAUAUAAUCUUAGCGUGUGGAUAUAAAGAAACACCCGGGAAUGAUUAUAUUUCAACUGGAUAUUUUUCUAUCGUCGGAAAUUUGAGUGUUUGAUGGGAUUAUUGCUGUGGGUUUGGCAGUUUUUAAGGCCAAAACAGAUUUUGUGUCUUUCUUUUUCUUUUCCUGCUGCUUCGAGAGGCUUUGAAGGAGGAAAGACGCUUAGUAACACUCAAACCAGGUCCUCACAUCGAAAACAUCAAGGGCUAUGUCCUCCGCAGCCACCACUCCUCCAUCAGUGGAUAAAGUAGACGGAUUUUCCCGGAAGUCUGUCCGAAAGGCCAAGCAGAAGCGUUCUCAGAGUUCCUCACAGUUCCGCUCUCAGGGCAAACCAAUUGAGCUCACACCUCUUCCCCUGCUCAAAGACGUCUCUGCUCAGGAGCAGCCGGAGUUGUUCCUGAAGAAGCUUCAGCAGUGUUGUGCGGUUUUUGAUUUCAUGGACACUCUGUCAGACCUGAAGAUGAAAGAAUACAAGCGCUCGACCCUCAAUGAGCUGGUGGAUUAUGUCACGGUCAGCAGAGGAUACCUCACGGAACAGGCCUACCCAGAGGUUGUGAAAAUGGUGUCCUAUAAUAUAUUCCGAACUCUUCCUCCCAGUGACAGUAAUGAGUUUGACCCAGAGGAGGAUGAACCGACUCUAGAAGCCUCGUGGCCACAUUUACAGCUGGUGUACGAGUUCUUCAUUCGUUUUUUGGAGAGUCAGGAGUUUCAACCCAGCAUUGCAAAAAAGUACAUAGAUCAGAAAUUUGUCUUACAGCUUCUAGAGUUGUUUGACAGCGAAGACCCAAGGGAGAGAGAUUACCUGAAGACAGUCUUACACAGAAUCUACGGCAAAUUCCUGGGCCUGAGAGCUUUUAUACGAAAACAGAUAAAUAAUAUUUUUCUACGUUUUGUUUAUGAAACUGAGCACUUCAAUGGGGUGGCAGAAUUGUUGGAGAUUUUGGGCAGCAUCAUCAAUGGCUUCGCUCUGCCACUGAAGGCUGAACACAAACAGUUUCUGGUGAAAGUUUUGAUUCCUCUUCACACCGUCAAGAGCCUCUCACUUUUCCACGCACAGCUGGCCUAUUGUAUUGUACAGUUCCUAGAGAAAGAUCCUGCAUUGACAGAACCGGUCAUCAGAGGUCUGCUGAAAUUCUGGCCGAAAACCUGUAGUCAGAAAGAGGUCAUGUACCUGGGAGAGCUGGAGGAGAUUUUGGAUGUGAUUGAGCCCACACAGUUUGUGAAGAUCCAGGAACACCUCUUCAAACAGAUCUCCAGAUGUGUCUCAAGCCCACAUUUUCAGGUGGCCGAGAGAGCUCUGUACUACUGGAACAAUGAGUACAUUAUGAGUCUGAUAGAGGAAAACUCCAACGUGAUUCUUCCCAUAAUGUUCACAAGCCUCUACCGGAUCUCAAAAGAGCACUGGAACCCGGCCAUAGUAGCUUUAGUCUAUAAUGUUCUGAAAGCCUUCAUGGAAAUGAACAGCACUUUGUUUGAUGAACUCACAUCCACUUACAAAUCAGAUCGUCAGAGGGAGAAGAAGAAAGAGAAGGAGAGAGAGGAGUUGUGGAAGAGGCUCGAGGACUUGGAGUUGAAGAGAAGCUUCCAAAGCGACGGAAUUAUUCCCACUUAACGACGCGCCUCCUCCUGAACGCUUUCCCAACGCCUCCACCACACGCUCGGAACGUUGGCCUUUAUUUUCCUUUCUGUAUUUGUGCGACUUACUUUACUGUAGAUUCACCUCGUCAGUCUCAUUAUUUCAAAAGCACUGUAAAUAACUUUAUUUUAUCUCCUUUAUUUCCCCCGUUAAAAUAUUAUGCCGUAAUAAGAACGUGACUAGAAAACACAGUUAAAAAAAGAAAACGAGCAAAAAAAGGAAAACCACACUGGAGGGGGAAGGACUUUAAACGGACAGUAGGACUGAAUCGAACCACUACUGUGGAGGAAUGAACGAAUGAAUGAAAUCAACAACCAAACGGAGAAUCUCAGCCCGCCAAUCUGACAUACCUCACCCAUCCUUACAGAACAACACCAGCCCAAUUCUCUCUCUCUCUCUUUUCACGCCCCUCUCCUAUACCUCCCUUUCUUGCAACAUGGAUGUCCUGUAUUGAAACAAAAAUGUUCUUGACCUUUGACCCCAGUGCAAUGGAUCAUCUGUUAAGAUCUGGAUAAAUGCAGCAGGUCUGGAUUGCAGACUUCUCAAUAGGGACACUACGCAGUUACCUGCAGAGAAGAGGAAGGGGACACAGAAACAUGAUUACACACCAGCUCUGACACGCCCAUGCGUUUUCCCUUUUCAUUCUUUUUCUGUCCAAAGGUGCCGCCUAGUUCACGCAUUUGGACUCUAGCGCCAGUCCGGUACUGGUACCAGUGACGCAUACACACACACACACAUCUGAGGAGGUAUCCAGAAUUCCAGCGCCAAGCCGGAGAUGCUUGUCACGAGAAAUGGAACUGCACGUUCACACGCACAUUCUGCCUCGGAGUGUGCGAGGGAGUUUCUUACAGUGUUAAGUACCUGUAUGCUGUAUCUGAAUGCAGUACUUUGAUACUCUGUAUCUAGUAGAACCUAUAGCGUAUUUUUCUUUAGGAGAAUCCAGUAUAUAACGAGGAAAGAUUGAACACAGCCUCUUGGGAUUUAGUUUUCUUUCUUUCUCGGGUUUCACUUCUAAUUUGUUUCGGGUUUAUUUUUUGUCUGGAAUUGGAUUUGUUUUGACCAAGUGGAAUUUGUUCUCUCUUCCUUUUUUACUUAGUUGCUGAUUGGGGGGAUGGGGGAGGGAGUGAGAGGGGAAUUCUGGGAUUGUGGAGGACUGAUUCUGUGGUGAGCUUUGUCAGAAUGAAACUGUGCUUAAGAUCCCAGACAUCAACAGUUACAAAAGUAAAAAAAAGGGUCGGAGAAAUACAAAUGUUUAAUUAUUUUAAAAAAUAAAGAGAUAUUAAAUUA